GUGCAAGAAUGAACGGAAUGAGGUCAAGUACGUUGAGGAAGCGAGGAAUCUGGUGAAGCCAGAGCGAAAUACGCUGGAAGUGAGCUUUGCCGACGUUGAGCGCUUCAACCAGAACCUUGCUACUGUCGUCCAGGAAGAGUACUAUCGUGUGUACCCCUACCUGUGUCGUGCCUUACGCAACUUCGUCAGGGAUCACGCUGAAGUGAAUGUCGAGAAAGAAUACUAUGUCAGCUUUGUGGAUGUGGCCACGAGACACAAGGUGCGAGAGUUAACAACCGCUAAGGUUGGCAGCCUGCUGAAGAUCAGUGGCCAAGUUGUGCGUACCCAUCCGGUGCACCCAGAGCUUGUCAGUGGCACAUUCAUCUGCGUCGACUGCCAGACAGUUGUCAGUGGCGUGGAGCAGCAGUUCAAAUACACGCAGCCGACCAUCUGUAGAAACCCUGUGUGCCAGAACAGGACACGUUUCAUUCUCGACACGAACAAGUCGACAUUUGUGGAUUUUCAGAAGGUUCGCAUACAGGAAACGCAGGCCGAACUUCCCCGAGGAAACAUUCCACGCAGUGUCGAGGUUAUUGUACGUGCAGAGGCAGUUGAAGUCGCCCAAGCAGGUGACAGGUGUGAUUUCACAGGCACACUCAUUGUAGUCCCUGAUGUCAGCCAGCUAACCACACCAGGUCUGCGCACUGAAAGUUCUGCCCACCACAAAGGCAUGGAAGGUUUUGAGACUGAGGGAGUUCGUGGCCUGAAGAAUCUCGGUGUGCGUGAGAUGUCCUACAGGCUUGCCUUUCUGGCCUGCACUGUCGAGCAGACCAACCCCAGGUUGGGAGGCAAGGCAGCAUCAGCGGAAGAGUUAACUCCGGAAGCCAUGAAGCAGCAGUUGACCCCUGAGCAGUGGGACCGCAUUUACGCCAUGAGCCAAGAAGACCUGUACCACAACUUGAUCGCAAGCUUGUUCCCCACUAUUCACGGCAAUGAUGAGAUCAAGCGUGGUAUCCUGAUUAUGCUCUUUGGCGGAGUGCCUAAGACAACGGAGGAAAAUACCACCCUGAGAGGUGACAUCAACAUCUGCAUUGUGGGGGACCCCAGCACAGCCAAAAGCCAGUUUCUCAAGCAGGUGUCCGAGUUCGCACCGCGAGCGGUGUACACAAGUGGCAAAGCAUCAAGUGCAGCCGGUUUGACAGCAGCCGUUGUUCGUGAUGAAGAGUCCCAUGAGUUUGUCAUCGAAGCUGGUGCACUCAUGCUUGCUGACAACGGUGUCUGCUGCAUCGACGAGUUUGACAAGAUGGAGGUUCGAGAUCAGGUGGCCAUUCAUGAAGCCAUGGAGCAGCAGACUAUUUCUAUUACCAAAGCUGGUGUCAAGGCAACUUUGAAUGCACGAACGUCUAUCCUGGCGGCAGCCAAUCCAAUCGGGGGUCGUUAUGAUCGUACCAAGUCACUGAGACAAAACAUUGCAUUGUCACCCCCUAUCAUGUCACGCUUUGACCUUUUCUUCAUCUUGGUAGAUGAAUGCAAUGAGGUCACCGAUUACGCAAUUGCACGGCGCAUCAUAGAUCUGCACUGCCACCAUGAAGAUAGCCUCGAGAAGAAAUACAGUCAUGAAGACAUUCAGCGUUACAUUCAGUUUGCACGGAUGUUUAAGCCUAAGGUCAGCACGGAGGCACGGGACUACCUCGUGGAACAGUACCGGCAGCUACGACAGCGUGAUGCCGGAGGCCUGUCGAAGUCGUCGUGGAGAAUCACUGUGCGGCAGCUGGAAAGCAUGAUUCGCAUUGCCGAGGGCAUUGCUCGGAUGCACUGCUCGGACCAGACUCCGGCUGGCUGA